AUGUCCUCGAACGCGAACAAAUCAAAGGAGGAACAGUCCUCGUCUCGGGAGCUCAAGGAUGCUCAGGACGCUCUCGACGGAGCAGUUCAGCCUAGCGAGCCUGGUCGUGCGGGCAGGCUAGAGGGGGAGUUCGUAGAUAAAGUGAACGCAGCAGGACAAGCUAGCAGCAGUAGCGAUGGCCUGGGCGUCCUGAUGGACGGCGUGAACGGCCUCGUGGAGAGCCUGCCCCCACUCGUCCGCGCGCUCGACGCCGUUGCACAGAUACACCCGUUCCUUGCCCUUGCCGUGGGCGCGUUCAAAGUGGUGGUCGAGCUGGAGGCGAAGCGCCGCGACAACGACAAGAAGAUCAACCUGCUGUUCCUGGAAAUGCGCAACAUGAUGGCCGCGCUUCUGCAACUGCAGGGCGUCCGCACGAACCAUGUCGGCCGCGACGGGCUCAGCAUCGGCGCGCGCCUCGACGACCUCAUCAAGAAGACGGCGAAGGACAUCAAGGAGUGCGCCAACGCGUGCGACACGUACUCGCGCAAGCGGCUGCUCGUGAAGGUGCUCAAGGCGCCGAGCUGGGACGGGACGCUGAAGGAGUACAUCCAGCUGUUCAGCGACCGCAAGGGCGAGUUCAACUUCGCCAUCUCCAUCCACACCGGGCUCGGAGUCGACCGUGCGAACGACAAGCUGGACACGCUGAUUACCAAAGUGGACGUCGUGAUCGCGUUCUUCGAGAAGACCGCGCCGCGCGAACAGCGCGCUCUGGCGGAAGCCAUCCGGCAGGAAGGCGGCGCCCAGACGGUGCUCGGCAAGUCCGACGUCCUGCAGGAGCUGCUCCUCAAGGAGCAGCAGUUCGAGGCGGCCGGGCUGCCCUCAACCGAGGCUGCCCCACCCGGAUACCGCGUGGAAUCAGGGCUCUAUGCUCGGAGGCGCUCCGGCGCGGGGCCGGGUGCGUACUACUACUCGCGGGCGGCGGAGAACCAGCGUGUGCGGCGACGCGUGGAGACAACACGCAGGGGCGGAGGCGGGUACCGGUACCGGCCGAGCUACAGCCCGCCGCGCCGAGGGAGGGAGCGGCCGUAUGCGUACACGGGGCGGGAGGAGUGGCCGGAGGAGGGCAGGGAGGGCGCUGAGGAGGAACGGGAGGGCAGCGUUGAGCUGAGGCGGCUGAUGCAGGACCUGGCGGACGAGCCGGCGGUCGCGAUUCGCAAGAAUCUGGUGUGGUUCGCGCGGAAGUUCGCGAUCCAGCAGCGGGAGAUCGUGCUGGAGAUGACGGCGGUGGUCGUGCAUGAGGGCGACCGGGUGAUCAGCUCGGUGCUUGCGGGUCCGCAUGAGCGGAUUAUCGAUCCGGACCUGUACGAGAUAUGGAAGGACAUGCGGUGGCGCGGCAUCGUGAAGGCACGACAUCGGGUAGGACACGUGUGGUGCGGCCUCGUGGGUGGGGGAGUGCGACGGCCAGGGGAAUAUCGACGGACUCUGGCUCUGGGGAAAGAGAUGGUAGGAGGGCAGCUGGUGAGGGGGAUGGGGCAGGGACUCGCCCGUCGUUGCACACACGCGCACACGACCACGGCGCACCGUAUACAUGCAUACUACGCAACAAGACCGCCCCGCACGCACUCGUACAACACUCAGAAAGACGGUCGACCAGCUAGGCGCCCACGCAACGCCCACAACACUGCCGCGUCCUUCAAGCUGUCCGCCUUGCCUCCUUCUACACCGCCACUACCCUGCCGACACCUCGCUCCCUGAAGGUGGCUCACUCGCUCGCAACGCUGCCCCCCUCGCUCGGACAUGCUCUGCUGGCUGCUGGGAGCACCCGCUGUCCCGCUGGGUGCCUAAGAAUAUACCGCUGUGACCUACGUCCUCGAUGAUCAUAUGCAAACACGCCCAUCCGCCGUUCUGUCGCUACAGCUUCCAGGUCCGGCUGCGAUGUCGCGCACGAGCGGUCGUGUUUCCCGACGUCUCCUGUCGAAUGCUAUGCUUCUGCUGGAUCAUGUUAGCGGCGUAACACGCUGGCGGUCCCGUCUCGCCACACGCGAUUUUUGAUACUCCUCGCUCGGUGGGCGAGACUUCAAUAUGGUCUUAUGCUCGGUGGGCAGCAUACGGGCCUGGGCGGCGUUCGGGAGCCGACGGUGUCCGCCAGACACCGCCGUCUGGGGAGUUGCAGACAUCAUACAAUCCUACGUGUGCGCUCACCUCCGGUUGCGUGUCUUACACCCCGAUACCCAUCC